CAUGAAAGGAAAUCGGUGGGCGCAACCAUCUCUGUCAGAGAGCAGUUGGCCCCACCCCACCGCUCCCCAUGAGGCCUGCAAUAAACUCUCUUUAUUUGUUUAAAUAGAUUCUUCCUCCGCUUGCCGGUGUCAACCUUUCCUCUUCUUUCCGCCAUUGAAGAUGGGAGAGGAGGCGAGCGUGAAGCUGGGCGAGGAUCAGCAGAGGGAAGUGUUCACUGGGAGGAAGGAGUCCCCUUCUCCGGUCACGUUUCACGCUCUGCUCGCUCUGGCGAUAUGGGUCGGCACUAUCCACUUCUUCGGCUUCUUGGUCUCCGUCUCCCUCCUCGUCCUCCCUCUCUCCAAAGCCCUCCUUGUGUUCGGGUUGCUCGGGGCUCUUGUGGUUAUCCCGGCUGAUGAUCGGAGCAAGUUUGGUGAGAGAGUGACGAGGUACAUACUUAAGCAUGCUUGCCCCUAUUUCCCAAUGACCCUGCACGCGGAGGAGUUUGGGUGCAUCGAUCCUAAUCGCGCAUACGUCUUUGGUUAUGAGCCACACUCCGUUAUGCCAGUUGGAACCGUGGCACUUGCACAACUUUAUGGUUUGAUCACUAUCCCGAAGUUAAAAGUCCUUGCUAGCACCGUUGUCUUUCGCACCCCAUUUAUAAGACACGUAUGGACAUGGAUGGGGCUUACACCUGCGACGAGGAAAAACUUCAUCUCGCUCUUGGAGUCUGGUUAUAGCUGCAUUGUUGUUCCUGGUGGCGUGCAGGAGACAUUCUACAUGGAGCACGGUUUUGAGGUUGUUUUCCUCAAAAAGAGGAGAGGAUUCGUCCGGAUAGCGUUGGAGACCGGGUGCCCUCUUGUUCCAGUCUUCUGCUUCGGUCAAUCUCAGCUCUACAAGUGGUGGAAGCCUAGCUGGGGGUUGUUCUUGAAGAUCUGCCGAGUGGUCAAGUUCACCCCCAUGUUCUUCUGGGGCAUGCUCGGGUCUCCAUUGCCUUUCCGACAUCCACUGCAUAUCGUGGUUGGGAAACCAAUCGAGGUGAAGAGAACUCCAAACCCUACAGCGGAAGAGGUUGAUGAGUUGCAUAAACAAUAUGUCGAGGCACUACGAGAUCUAUUCGAACGACACAAGGCACAAGUCGGUCACGAGGAUCUGGUGCUGAAAAUCCUUUGAUUAAAGCUUGUGUCGAUAUGACAAAAUUUAUUUUAGCAUAUGUUUGAAUUAAAAUUUGAUGAAUAAGUUCUUCCUUUCUAAUUGCAUUCAUCUAUAUUUUCAAUUUCAACUAGAAAAAAAGAUUAUUUGUUCUCUCAAUAAAAUUAUACUUUAUAUUAUAAAAUUUAUUCAUUUUCUUUUCA